AUGAAUUUCUUGAAAAAAUUCAUCGGCGCAUCCCCAGUGGAUGAAGUGGCACUGAUACCGCAAGGUAAACUCUUUUUGACUCGCUCCCCACUGCUGCCCAAGGGUGCACUUGAGUGCUUGUAUAAUGAUGCGUAUAUUACCAUCAAACAAACCACCACUCCAUAUCUCUACCAAUUGGCUGUUAUCAGAGCUUACGAGGAAGGAGAGACCAGUUCGCAGGUAACGGAUGAGGCUGAUGAUGAUGAUGAUGACGAGGGGGCGACUUCAGAUGUCAGAAACGCAGAUGAACGUGUGUUCUUUUUAGCUCCAGACUUGAAGGUUCGGAUAUUCACUAAACGGGAUGGAACGCGGGCCAUUGCAUGGAAAGAUAUGAAUGGCGAUAUCGGAGAUCUUUUUGAGUUUGUGGUGGACGAAGAUAUCAAGUACAACGAGCUGGACCAUUUCAUGGCUUCGCUUUAUAGAUGCUUGUAUGAGCUGAAGUAUCAGAAAUCUUCUGCCGGUGUCGAGUUGGAUCAGUUGAACGAAUUCGUUUAUGAUCCAAAAACAGACCGUGAAGAGGACCUGCUGGGGUUACAAGGAUUGAAAAAUUUGCGUGAUAUCCAGUAUGGCUAUGGAGACUCUAGUCGUCACCUGAAUGACACCGAUGAUGACGAUGACGAUGAUCACGAUGAUCACGAUGAUGACGAUGAUGAAGAUGAGCUUGACAAGUUUUCUGAUGCUCUGACCUUUCCUAGGCAAAUGUUUCUGAAGAAAAUCGACGUGCAAGGUGAUGAAUUGUAUAGAUCGGAGACCGAGUUACGUGUUUUCGAUCCUGCCUCCGACUCUUUUCUGCUUUUGGCCCCUCAUAUUGUCAUCAAGAUCAUAAAUGUCAAGGAGAAGGGAUAUUGCUUGGUGAGUACUACGGAGAAAUUCGCAUUCUGCAUCCCAUUGUCACAGGAAAUGAACCCGGCCUUUAAUUUCGAGUAUAAGGUAUUUAUUUUCAACCACUAUGUCGUGGAUGCCAGCACUAAAGGGUCUAGUACUGAAACAAACACUGCUUACUCUCUUAUGCUCAAGUUUUCCGCCUUCGAAGGGCUUGAAGGUUUCCAGAAAGCGUUCUUCAGAGCCAUGUACUCUGCUGUUACUCAGCGCACUAACCAGAAAGAGUCAGACUCAAUGGACUAUAUUGAAGAUGCAUUCGGUAGAAUUGAUAUCGAUGAUACCAGUGAUUCUGAAUCUGAUGAAUAUGUUGAUGCCCACGACGAGCUGGACGAUGAGGAAGCACUUUCUAAGAUUAUCCAGACCGGCUUGAAAACCAGAAAUUCAAGACCAAAUGGUCUCUUCGUCGCCUCUGACAGCGAAGAUGAAUACGAUGAUGACGAAGACUUCAAGCAGGAAAAGAAGUUCUUGAGCUCCAAAUUCAAGAAUAGCGAACUUGCAAUUGGCCAAGCGAAAGAUCGGUCCUACGUGACCAGAGGUGACAGUCUUGGUGUUUACAAGAGGGAUGAUGAAGGUUUGGGCUUCGUGACAAGUAUUUCUGGCUUGAAGGAUCUCAACGGGAAAUCGUUGUUAGCGAAACGCACGAUGCUCCAUCAGGGAGAUAAUGCAUUGCUUUUGACAAAGAAUGAUUCAGCUGAUUCCAAAAUCUACAAAGUUGACUUGACUAAAGGCGAAGUAGUGGAAGCAUGGGAUGCCGAUGACAAUGAGCAACUACAAUCGUUCGCCCCAAUUUCCAAGUUUGCUGGUCUCACCAACGAACAAACUUUGAACGGUAUCUCUGCAAACUCUCUUUUUCGUAUUGAUCCAAGACUCAGCGGCAAGAAGAUUGUUAAGGAUAAUACUUUCAAAGCUUACAAGACCAAGAACAAUGGGUUCGAAACAAUGACUGUCACAGACCAAGGUUUUAUCGCAGUUGGCCUGAAAGAUGGUGGAAUUCGACUCUACGACCGUCUUGGAGUGAAUGCAAAGUCCUCUCUUCCAGCUCUCGGUGAAGCUUUUGUUGGUAUCGACGUAAGCAAGGAUGGACGCUGGCUAUUGGCAACUUGCAAGACAUACUUGCUUCUUAUCGACUUGAAAAUUGGAAAGCACCAAAAGAAUGCUGGAUCACUUGGAUUCCAGAAAUAUUUUGAUGCCGACAAGAAACCAGUACCCAAGAGAUUGGCGCUUCGGCCCGAACAUUUUACUCAGCUUGCACUUGCAAGUCAAACGAAAGAGUUGAGAUUCACCAAGGCUGUUUUUAACACUCUGUUGAAUUCCAAGGAGACAACCAUCGUGGCAUCCACUGGUCCCUAUGUUAUUUUGUGGUCAUUGACUAAUAUUGCCAAAAACUGGAAGCGUACCCCGGCCUAUAAAAUCAUGAGUUAUGGACAAGACGUGGUGGUUGACGAUUUCAUGUUUGAUUCACAAAACGAGGUGGUAACCGUUUUACGGGAUGAUGUGGCUCUAAUCAACAAGGACGAGUUCAAAAGGGUCAAUGCCAACAGCAUUGUUAACAAUUACACGGGAUAA